AUGGGUUCUGGUACAGCCACUGUAACUCCCCCUCCCGUCAGCUGGGCCCAACAGACAUCGUGCAUCUUUUUAACUUUCAACAUUGAGUGUGAGAAACCAGAUAUUAAAAUUGAAAAUAAACUGGUGUCAUUUAAAGGCACAGGUGCUCCAGAACAAAAGAUGUACGAAGUCGAAAUACCCCUUUACGCCGAAAUAAACCCCGAAAAAAGUACUCAAGUAAACAAAGGAAGAUUAAUUGAACUCGUUCUAGCUAAGGAAAACACUAAUGAGUCUUUCUGGCCAGCCCUAACAAGUGACAAGAAAAAGCAUCAUUGGCUUAGAGUUGACUUUCAUAGAUGGCAAGAUGAAGAAGAAAGUGGUGAUGAAACAAUGGAUGAUAUGUUUUCUAACAAAAUGGGUGACUUUGUCGAUGAUGUUGUGACAGAUGAUACUACUUCCGUUGAAGAUGAUGACUUGCCUGAUAUAGAAUAG